CGCUGAUUCUGAAAGGAUUUCAUAGCAAGCUUAAGAGAGGUGAGUCAUAUCUAAUGGCUCCCAAUGCUUUCCCGUAAGACGUUUAGAGCAGGAUCGGGAAAGGUAAGCGUCUCGAACUUUAAAAGGGAACACUUGUCCAUUUCUUAAAACAUAAUCCGCGAAAAACAAAAGAUGUAUAAUGCACUUUUUCCAAUCAAAAAAUGCUACUUAGAACUUCAAGAUUUAGGGCGCAGCUAGACUAGGAAUUCAGUCGUUGAUGCAGGCAAAUAUCAAGUUACGCUUAUGCGGUACAAUGCACUCAUGCCGAACGCCGCUCCGGAUAGCCAUUCGCACCUCUUUUUGUAAGGUGACUAAAGGUGUAAACAACUCGUACUGUUCACAUUCCGCACUGAAUUUAGAAUAAGUUGACUUAUAUGAAUUGCAUUUGGGUACGCCCUUUCUUCCUCGAAUUCCCUGUUUAUCCUGUUUUCAUCUAACAAACUUCAAGGGCUAUUUUCCAUUUAGUUAUCUUUCUAAGUGUAAAUCUAAUUUACGCAAUGAGUCCUUUGUAAUUUUUAUACUACCAAUCUUUUUUUGUUUUGCCCGAUCUAAACCGCAAAAGUAUGUAAUUUUAGGUAGAAAGGCGUUUUGGAAAGAGUCAACAAACCGAAGGUACAUACUUAGUAUGCGGGAACUGUUCCACGUAACGUGGCCUAAUUACCAUAACAUCAUUUGGCGUUCCGUCCAAACAAUACGUUCUUCCCCUCUUCUUGAUUUCUCCUUUCUUCGCCAAAGUUGCCGACGUGUCUUCACAGUUUUCUAGGAGAACUCGCCGAGCGCUUAGUUCGAUUAUUUCAAAUCUUAAAUACAGCUAUUACCAGAAAACGCGAAAAGAAAUUUCGCGUCAUAGACACUUUCAAUUAUUAUUUUAUUACUAUCGUUAUUUUUAUUAUCAUCGUUAAUUUUUUUUUUCACAAUUUAAUUAUUGUUUGAAUGUCAAUUAGACAAUAUAUUAUUGAAUCAUCCUUCUUUUGUGGGACGGAGUACUCAUAAGUAUGUGUGAUGCGGCAGGUUUUCUGUUGCACAACCUCUAUUUCUGCUAUACAACUUUUAUUUCUGUUCAAUACGUUAAAAAUUGUGCUAUACACAUUUUUGUUCCAUUCAACAAGAUUUGAAGUGCUAUCACGCAAAAACAAUGGCGGCAGGUUAUGGCGGCAUAAUUGAAGCAAUAAGAACGUAAUAAGACCUUCAUACUGCAUUGGCUGGAUACGUUCACUUACUAUUUCUGUUAUACAACCUCUAUUUCUGUUCGUUAAAAAUUGUGCGAUACACAUGCAGUAAAAUUACUGCAUAAGUGUUUAAAAUGUGGUGGUGUUUUUGUUUUGAGAAAAUAUUUGACCCCUGAGAUCAUUUUGCGUCGAAGAGUUUGAGAUCAUCUCUGCACCAAAUUCAGUGCUGCUAUACGGGUCUUUUCAUUACUGAAUACAGCAACAACUGCGUAAUUUUUAAUUUAAGAGUUGUUAAUUCUCGCUCUUGGAAGUCAAGCUGCCGCAAAAGAUUCCUUGCCGAUCUCAUACCAAGGUGCCUAUGUGAGUGCACGCGAUUUGGAAGUGAUAUUCGAAAAUCAAUGUCAGUGCUUGUUGCUAAGUCAUGAACAGAGUUACAAUCGAUUCCAGAAUAUGCAGAAUAUGCUUUUGCAUCGAUGAUGAGAGAGCAUUAUCAUGGCACGCGUCUUCCACAUCUAUCAGGCAUAUUGUCUUUUGUCAUUUUUCACAUCUAUUUAACAUAAAGAGUCUAUAGAAUCAGGAUCUUUAAAUGUCGGAAACUGCAGCGUAAUAAAUACAGAAUUUGUAACAUUGUAUAUAAAAUCAAAAUAUUUCACUUUCAAAAAAAGCUAUUCAGUACCAUGUUUUAAACGUGUCAACUGUAUUCGAAAAGUUUUAAAUCCAAUUUACGCGGUAUUAUGGGGGUUCGGUUGCCACGGCAUAUCAACUAGGGCAAUUAGAACGUAGUAAGACCUUCAUACUGCAUUGGCUGGAUAUGUUUACUUUAUUUUCCAAAGUAUGAAAGCUCCUAUUGUAAGUUAUUUGUGCUGGAACUUUGCUCCACGGCAGAACUUUUCACGCAUCCAGCGUAGUAGUAAGAUCAUGAACGUAAAUCAUGUAGCCUCGAGGCAUAUCCAUUCCAAAUGGAUCAAUUUUCUAUCAUACAGCAUUUUAAUCAAAAGUACAUUAAAUGUCUCCCGACACAUGAAAAAAGUUUUUUCAAAAGGUUAACGCCGCCAAGAUUCAUAGAGCUACGUAGACACAUAGACCCCAGAGUUAACUGCAGCAACUCUUUAGAAACUGAUUUUACGACUGAACAACAUUCCCAAAAAGCCUUGAUCACCAAGCUUAAGGGGAAACGAGUAAUAUUUGGCAGUUCCCAACGCAGGAUCGGGUAAGCUGAUCGACCAAACGUGAAUAUUCUGAUAUGUUGAACAUUGUAAUAUCUGACAUCAUAAUUAGUAAAAGAGAAAGUUGAAUUUGCCACGCGAGGCUCUUGUGUGUAACUCCGUUUCUGAAAGACAAUUCGCGUGCACAUGAUUAUAUCAAAUCGUAUUCAGCAUUAUUUACUCUGCGUGGAAUCUUUCUUUAGUCCAUUUUGUUAUGAAAGGGCCUGAGAUCAUCCGAAGUCAAAAUUCAGUGCUGCUAUAAGGGCUUUUGCCUAAUACAGUAAAUGCAUGAUUCCUAAGACAAGAAUUAGGAGAAUUGUGGAUUCUCACUCUUUGAAGUCAAACUGCUGGCAGUAGAUGCUCUGCCGAUCUUAUACAAGCGUGCUUUGAUAUUUGGGUCUAUUUGAAUGAAUGCUUUUAGAAAAUAAUAUUCGAGUACAUGAUCACACCCCCUUUUUGCCUUCUUCAGAAUUCUUAAAUUCGACCUGUUUACCGAACGAAAUGAAUCGAAGACUCUCUGUAAUCAUUCUAUAGUGCCUGUAUACUUGGAAAGAAAUGUUGUUAGAAGACAAAAUUAGCAUCAAGCAAGACUUUUCUGCAGAGGUUUUUUUUAAAACUUAUUUAAGUAUUGGAAAGGGAAUGUAAAUAGUAUACUAGCAUAAGCCAUUCAGUUAAAAAAAAAACCUUUUUUCUCGUUACUCAUUUUUCUAAGUGUGAUUCUAAUUUACGCAAUGGGUCCUUUAUAAUAAUUAUCUUACCGAUCUUGUUUUUGUUUUGCCCGAUCUUAACCGCAGAAGUAUGAAAUUUUUAGGUAGAGGGUCGUUUGUAUGCGGGAACUCCUUCACGAAACUCGGUAUGAUUCACUAGCUAAGUGUCACCUUUAUAAGUCGGAGACCAACGUCUUUCUUGAGAUAGUAGAAUUAGUCUCCGAGCUAGCACGCUGUAUUGUCUUGAAAACUAGACGAUAUAUAUUUAUAUGUAUAUAUUUUUUGUGGCUAUUGCCUCCUACAGGAGGCUAAGCUACAUAUGUUGUUGAGAUGAGUGAGUGAGUGUUACAGUAGGAUUCCGAUCUUGCCCAAUUUUGAGCCGAUGUUUCCCAGUACUACUUACUGUUAAUUUCGGAGUAUCUUAGUAGUUCGACAUUCGCACUCGAUACACAGUUGACUUCAUUCUUGUCUUACCAAUACGGAAGACAGCAGAAGACGAUAAACAUCCAACGAUCAUGUCAGGAUUGCGCGCGCAAAAAAACAAAAUUUGUCCUGUGAUAGCCGGAUCAUGAAACUCAGAAAAUUCUUUUCUUCGAAGAGCAGAAUUUGAGGUCGACAAAAAAAGAAAAAACGCUGAAAAAGUGCUAAGCUAUCAUACACUGAAGGAUUUAUUAUACAACCAAAAUUUUACACAAUUUUGAGAGAAAAACUGAGAGCGGAAAUCCAGCUCACACAGUCAGCCUUAAGGCAGUAUUUUUUAAUUUUGUUAAAAAGAAUCAUUCAUGGAGAAAUUUUGAAAGGCAACUUUUUCCAGAGUUCAAAAGAGUAACCGAAGGCAGUUGGACGUUUUCGUUAAGCUUGCCAAUUACCAAACGAUUACAAAACUGUGGUGCUGCGUCGGUGGGAGAGUAUAGUAGGUAAUUCAGUGUUAACAACUGAGUUGAAAACGUAAAUUGGUUACCGUAAAGGGUAAGGGUAAGGGUAAGGGAGCGUUAGCCCUUCGUCAGAGUGAUUGGAGGAAUUGUGGGUUGAGUGUGGGUUUAUAUGCGGAAAGUGGAGCUACGCUAUUGGUGGGAAUAUGGUGACGAGAAAACAGGAAUAAAUUAGUGGAAUGAAAAGCGCUCGUUGGUAACGUUGGGGUUAAGAGUGCCGAUUUGGAAGAUAAAUUUUUGUUCUAGUGUUUUGCGGCUUUCCGAACUACCUAAAUGUAAGGUAAGGCGGCAAACAGCCAUAUCUUUUUUUGAAUGAUUAGGGAGAUUAAAAACAUUGGCGCCAAAGUCAUUUACACUAGACACUUUAGUCUCCCUAGAAGAGGGGGGGUCCUGUUUUUUUCGCUUACCUUACCGGCUUUUCUGAUUUCUGCGAUUCUUUUUUUUUUAACAAAAUAAGGGGGAGGAGGGGGUGGCCCCCCCCGGGCUCCUCCCACAGAUCCGCCAUUGCGGACAUCGUAAGAACGAGAGUGCAUUUCAAGUAGUGUUGUGAAACUCUUGGCGAUAGACCUUUCUAGUAUUUUUGGAUGCUACCGUUGGCGACUCGUCUCUUAAAAAUAUGUCAGUAUAUUGAAGUGUCAGUCUGCUGAUUGACUCGUAUUUAAUAGGAUUGUUGAUCAGCUGUUUUGGAUACGAACCAUGGAAAAAGCUUGGCGCAGCCAACGUAAAUACUCCCAAAGUACUCAGACCGCAUAGAUCAUAUCUGUGUUUCACUCUUUUUCUGCAGGAUUAAGAGAGUGCUAAUGGACAAAGAGCUUUUCUAAAGUUCGAGGAAAUUCUAUGAAAAAAUGCAUGAAAUUAAAAGGCUAAUCUUAAUAUAAGAGGCUGAAGCAGAAUUGGAAGGAUCAGAUGCAGUGGGUGAAACUACGGAACCAGAAGCAGUUGUACUAGUUAGUUGAUUUUUUCAUAACAAAAUUUUUUAUCAUAAUUUUUCAUAACUACUUUCAGUGAUGCAAUCGCUAGAUCUUUGACUCACCGAUAUCCACUCAUCAAUUUUGAUUUAUUCUGUAGAUGCGUAGCUCGAAAUUAAUUUUCUUUCAAUCCGUUCCCGUAAGCAGUGGCUAAACCCUCUCAUAACGUGAAAAAAAACGUUACUGUUUGUAACUGUGUAACUUCCACAUCGAAUUAUGAGAGUACUCACGAGACAGCAAUACUCUUUUACGCAAGUCAGGUGACUAGGAACAUGAGGAGGUCGAGCUUAUAGCUAACUAAGGAAAGUAAAUAAUAUCAAAUUUUUGGACUGUUAUUUUUGUGCAACUUGCCCGAAGAAUAACGUACACUACUUCUAGUUUGAACUCUAUAGGCCUUGUGUGCUUUUGAAAUAAGAAGCAUGCGAUUUGAAGUGAGCCACUUUAGUUGUUUGGCGUGCCUUUUCGGGUUCCUGGAAUUUCUCUUAACGGGAACUUCAUGUUUCUUUUAAUUUCCUUUACCUCUCCACCCAGAAGGGUUGAUUUCGUCAUUUCUGUCAUCAACGAAUAUCUUGUGAAAAUUUUGUGCUUGGAUGUCUGGCUAAACGUCGAUUUCUUCAAGUCUUUUAUAUUCUAAAAAACACUGUACCCAUCUUUUUGGCUGCAAUAAUACUGAUAGUCUACAUCAGGCGUUAAGAUCGAAUGAUGACACGUCGUCUAAUAUUACGCGUAGUUUAAUAUUGCGCAUCGGUUAACUGCGAUUAGUGCGUUUAGUAAAUAUGUCAUGAUACUCGAUUAGAAAGACAAAAAGCAUUCUCUUUCAUUUUAUGUAACAGGGCGUUUUAUGGCUGUCGUACCCCAUUAAAAAAAUUCAGCAGAGUCGGAAAUUGCUCAAAAAUUAUCACAACCAACAAAGAUUCAACCCAGAAAGAGUCCACGUUUUGAAAAAAGCUUGUACUUCCAACAAAGCUGCGUUAAAAGAACACUUUUAACACUUUUAAAAGAAUUGCUUCUCGUUAAAAAGGAAUUCAUUCGAUGAACAUUGAGGUAUCGAUAAUCUUAUAAGUGAACAUCAUCAACCUCUCUUUGAACAACACAGAACGCCUUGGAACUGAUUGAACUUUCCACUACGGUAAUGUGUAGAGUGUGCGGAACAACUUAUUGCAAUUACCACUAGAUUUAAUAGCUUGUGAACGCUUCUGUAGACGACUGGCGAUGCCCAGAGUCACCUCUCAAAAAGGUCGAUUUGAGGAUUUCAAAUCCCUUCCCGUAAUAACGGAUAAAAGCGAAAGUUCCACAAAGAAUACCAAAUGAAACUGUUUGUUUUACAGCUACAGCUACAUUGCAACUAUUUGGGCUUUUCCGAUAUCUUUCAACUAAGAUUGGACACAACCUUGAAUUUCUAAGCUGAAAACUUUGCUAUGAAUUUUUGUAAGACUAUUAGUGAUUUUGUACAGAGAAAGGAAAUGUCAAAUAAACCAUUUCAGUUAUGCAGAUCGUAGAUCAGGUGACAAUAUGCAAACAGGAAAUUGAUUGUGCCAAGAUGAAUUCAAGUUGUCUUACUCGGUGAUAGACAGCAAACAUUAGACAGCGCCUGUGACAUUUUCGUCACAGAAAACCCCAGCCCAUCGUCAAGCAGCACUUGGGAUUCAUAGAGGUUGUAUUUGAAGAUUAAGCUCACUAUUAUCUGUUCUACAUUAAAGUGGUGCCGGAUGCAUGCGUACGAGUUAGCUUUGUCAACGCUUAAUUCACCUUUUAGGCUUUAGAUUUCACUUGAUGUAAACAAACCGCGAAAGUUCGGACAUUGAGUCCACCACCCUCUACCCGUGUACAAACUUCCGCUUCGGCAUUUUGUUGUUAAUAAUUUCUAAUGUCGUGAAGCGUUUCGGUGCUCAAAAUUGACUUCUUUCUUGUCUAAUAUGUUUGAUUAUUUAUCAAGCGAGUUGAUAUUUCGCUACUGCUUAAGAUGAUUCGAAGAAUGUGGCAGGAAGUGUUACAACAUGAAAUAAUCAAACUGGUUCUGCGUACGUACAGUGAUGUAUUUGAUCAGGUAUUUUCAGGGCGUUAAACGCUUAGUUUGUCAAGUCUGAUGGGAAAUUAGUGCUCACGAAUCGCUGUAAUUAAUCUUUAUACUUGUGCAUGUGUAUAUCUUACCAAUUCCGAUAAAAACUUAUUGAUUGACGUUUAGAUCACAUGAUCCAACACGUGACCUUCGUGGUCAGCAUUAUGGCCUUACGAUGAAAGAUCGUACAGAAAACCAUCGUCCUCGAAAGUUUCAGCUUAAUCGGCUGUAAUUUUGCGGAGAUAUAGCCGUUUAUUUUCGUAACGCAAUUUACCCUCCUGACCCAGGCCUUAAACUACUUGAGUACUGGUUGCUAAAUAAAUGAGCUAUAGAGGCGCACCAUACAAAGACAUCAUCAUUAUAAAAAUCCUGUUGGAGGCUCUAAAGGAAGCUUAAAACCUGGGUAAGUUGUUCUCCGACUCAUUUUGUGAUGACACGUCUCAAAAAUCAAUUUCGAAAACAGAGUUAGCAUCUUAUGUUUUCUUGUUUUGAGAGGGAGGAAUAUCUUAGUGUCUAUUGAUUCAACUUGAAUCAAAGGCCGGUAUACCUGGUAAGGAAUAUUCAUCGGUGGAAAGCAAUCGCUUUUUCUCGAUGGGGAGUGUUUGCAUGACUUCCUAAACAUAGCAGCUGCGAAGAUGACUUGAGAGACUGUUUGUUGUUAAAUGAUGUGACUGAAAUUGGAGAGAUCUCUAAAAGUUAUAAGGUGAGAAUGCUGACCCUUAGUAGUGGCUCUUUGCUAAAAAUGAUUCUUCAUGAUCUCGCUUUUGGCACGCAAUAAUCUCCAAGACACCGGAAUAGCUCGUUUCGUGGAAAAAUCAAUUAGCUUGAAACCAGCAAUGAAAUGAUUAUGCAAGCAUACGUGGCGAGACCUUGAAAACUGGACGAUCUAAAUUGUCUGAGUUUGCUAAGCUGUUCGUCUCCUCUUUCCUUAUUCAGAGACGUCUCCGUUACCAAUCUACAAAGUUUAGCAGGAUAAUACAGGUAUGUCUUCCUUUAACUCAUGCGUUUUCUAGCAUUACGAGAGCUACUGUAUGCUAUUCAUCUAACCAGGAUAUUAUGUGCUACAAUUAGUUUAGAGUAAGUUUUGAAAAUGCGGUAAUAUUUUCGUUUUAAGCGCAACUUUGAUCGAGAGAUCAUUUUGUUAUGAGAGAACUUGAGAUUAUGCGAACUCAAAAUUCAGUGUUGCUAUAAGGGCUUUUGCCUAAUACAGUUAUAAAUGCACGAUUAUUAAGACAAUAAUUAAAGAGUUGUUGAUUCUCAUUCUUCGAAGUCAAACUGCCGGCAGUAGAUGCUCUGCCGAUCUCAUACGAGUAUACCUUGCUAUUUGGGUCUAUUUGACUGCAUGCCAUUAGGAAAUGAUAUUUGAAUAUCAAACCCCCAUUUUGCUUCCUAUACAAUGCUUAAAUUUAACCUGUUUACUGAACGAAACGAAUCGAAAACCUCAACAAUUUUGCAUAAAAAUUGCUUAAGUGGCUAGUAUGAAAAAGUUUCACUAAAGCAAGACUACAGAUAUGAAUGGACUUUCUUUAUGGAAAAUGCUUCAUUCCAUUCCUCAGUUAAAACCUCACGGGCAAGCUUUCAUUCUCUUUUCCGUCGCAAGUUUGCCUUUUAGAUUAAACGAAUUGGUUCAUUCCUUGAUAUCUUGAGCUUGAUAUGUUCCUUAAAAUCAAGAAAAUGCACAAUUAUUUCGCUUUAGAGGAGUUUAGUAUUCGUAAAAACGAGAGAGCUACUGUAUACUGUUCAUAUGACCAGGAUAUUCUGUGCCACAAUUAGUUUAAUGUAAGUUUUGAAAAUGCGGUAAUGUUUUCGUUUUGAGCAAAAAUUUUACCAAGAGAUCAUUUUGUUGUGAAAGAGCUUGAGAUCAUUCGAAGUCAAAAUUUAGCGCUGCUAUUAGGACUUUUGCCUAAUACGGUUAUAAAUGCAUGAUUAUUAGGACAAGAAUUAAAGAAUUGUUGAUUCUCACUCUUCGAAAUAAAACUACCGGCAGUAAAUGCUCUGCCGAUCUCAUACGAGCGCGCUUUGCUAUUUGGGUCUAUUUGACUGCGUGCCAUUAGGAAAUGAUAUUCGAAUAUCAAACCCCAAUUUCUAUAGAAUGCGUAGCUUGGACCUGUUUACUGAACGAAACGAAUCGAAAACCUCAACAAUUUUGGAAAAAAUUUGUUUAAGUGGCUAGUAUUGAAAAGUGCACUAAAGCAAGACUACAUAUACGAAUGGACCUUCUUUUGUACAUAAUGUUUUAUUCCAAUUAUCAGUUAAAACCUUACGGGCAAGCUUUCAUUCUCUUUUCCGUCGUAAAUUUGCCUUGGAGAUAAAAGGACUUGAUUAAUUUCUAGAGAUGUUGAGCUCAAUAUGUUCCUUAAUUUUGAAAAACUGUUCUAUGAUUUCGCUUUAGAGAAGUUUAGCAUUUCUAGCAAAUGAGAGAGCUACUGUAAGCUAUUCAUAUGACCAUGACUGAAUUUACAAUUAGUUAACUUAUAUAUGAACGGCAGUUAUUUCUUUUGGGGUCGCUAUCUUGGGUACGCCCUUUCUUCCUUGAAGUCCUUGUAUAUUCUGUUGUUAUGUAACAAACUUCCAAGGGCCAUUUUCUCUUUGGUUAUUUGUCUUAGUUUAAUUCUAAUUUACGCAAUGGACCCUUUAUAAUUUUUAUAUUACCAAACUUGCUUUUGUUUUGCCCGAUCUAAACCGCAAAAGUAUGAAAUUUUUAGUUGGAAAGUCGUUUUAGGGAGAAUCAACAAACCGAAGGUACAUACUUAGUAUGCAGGAACUGUUCCACGUAACUCGGCAUGAUUCGCCAGCUAAAUGACAAAUAGUGACGUUGGUCAAAUAUUGACAGCUGAAUAACUGUCACCUUUAUAAGCUGAAAACCAACACUUUUCUUGAGAGGCUCUGCCGAUCUUAUACAAGCGUGCCUUGCUAUUUGGGUCUAUUUGAGUGGAUAAAAUUUGGAAAUGAUAUUUGAACAUCAGAAUUGUUACAUUCGACCGGUUUACUGAACGAGACUAAUGGAUUGCACUCUGUCUUCAUUCUAUAGUGCCUGAAUACCUGGUAAGGAAUGUUGUUAAAAGACAAAAUUGGCAUUAAGCAAGAAUUUUCUGCAGAUGUGUUUUUAACUUAUUUAAGCGUUGGAAAGGGAAUGGAAAUAGCAUACUAGCGUAAGCAAUUAAGUUAAAAAAAAAACCCUAAUCCCUAACCCAAAGAAACUGACUAUAAGCUAGUUAUCAUUUCGUAUUUCUUUGGCAGUCUUUGUAAGUAGAGUAGGUAAUCAUAAAUUUUUUAUUUAGCUCGUUCAACACCUUUUUCUGUAACGUGACUGAAGGCGUAAACAACUUGUACUUUUCACCUUCCGCCCUGAAUUUAUGAUAAGUUAACUGAUAUGAACGGCAUUUGGGCACGCCCUUUCUUCCUCGAAUUUUCUGUUUAUUCAGUUGUAAUGCAACAAAGUUCAAGGGCUAUUUUCUCUUUACUCAUCUUUCUAAGUGUGAUUCUAAUUUACACAAUGGGUCCUUUAUAAUCUUUAUAUUACCAAUCUUGUUUUUGUUUUGGCCGACCUUAACCGCAACUUGAAAGUAUGAAAUGUUUAGGUAGCGAUUCGUUUAGGGAAGAAUCAACAAACCGAAGGUACAUACUUAGUAUGCAGGAACUGUUUCGCAAAACUCCGCAUGACUCGCUAGCUAAGUGACAAAUAGUGACGUUGGUCAAAUAUUGAAAGCUGGAUGACUGUCACCUUUAUAAGUCGGAAACCAACCCCUUCCUUGAGAGAGUAGAAUUAGUCCCUGAGCUAGCACGCUGUAUUGCCUUGAAAACUAGACGAUAGUUUCUUGAGGGUAGGGAGGGAUUGAGGGCUCGUGAGGUGGAUUUUCGGAGAAUACACGGCUCCUUCGAGCUUGUGUUUAUGCCAGUAUCCGGCAGAGGUUUUGCACUGUUCAGGACAUCAGACAGCUCAGAAAAGGGCUCGACCUAAAUUACAAAUGAUUUAUUUCUGUUAUCAAAAUACGGUGGACACUACAAUUGGUAAGAUCUUCAUACGAUAAGAAAAGCGCAAAUGUGGCAUGUGGAAAGACAAGGAUUAUGAGUACAUCUCAAACGCGUGAAAUAAAAAGCAAUUUGAAUCUCACCAUUCUUCGCUUGCGAAAUGUCAGCCAAACAGAAUAAAACAAUAGUGUACAGAGUGGGAACAGCCCCCUGAGUCAGCAUUCUUUUUAGCUGAAUUUGUUGAUCAUCUUCUAAAAUACGAAAUUUGUCCAACAUCUGUCUUGCGCUGCGAAAGUUUGGUUUAAAGGAAGACAAGCUAGAACUAGAAUAUCACAAUAGAAUCUUAAAAAAAGGAAAAGAGACUUAGAUGCGACCAUGAAGGCACUUGAAUGAAACUUUGGACAAUACCUGGAAUUCAUUUGUAUAUUACAGAAAUCAAUCCCAAAGUCAAUCAAGUUUUCUCUUCAGUUUGAUAGUUGAGUUAAUGUUGUUAAUGGCUAUCUUUAAGAGGUUGAAUGGUUUAUCCCAUGUUGACAAAUAGAGAGAAUUUGAAACUGGAGUUUUUGCAACAUGUUAACAUGAAACACAACAAAAAAUUUUAUUAAUAAGUACAUAAAGUGAUCAUUUGACUAUCUACUGGUAAAUCUUUGUAUUAUAUUUCAACCCAAUAUUUUCCACAACUUGUAAGCACCAUUAAAAAAUAAUUAGCCAGGGAAAUGAAAAAUUUGUGACAUAUACACUAUGUUUGAAACAGCAUGUUCAGAAUAAGUUACAGGAUUGAGGAGGGUGUAUGUGGGAAUAGGCUUGCUUGCUUGCUUGUAUCAUUAAUUUGCUAAUGGCUCCUGUUGCCAAUGUUUUGAUGAGGUUGGGUUAUCAGGGCAAAGGAACUAAGAAUUUUAGCAAGCAAAGAGACUUUUUUAAACUUGGAAACUAUCCCUGUGAAAAGGCAUACAUGUUAUAUGUGAAAACAUCAAAUGUUAUACUUUUGCCAGCUGACGUCUGAGAAGAAUCACAUUACUUGCAAACAGCUUAUUUCUUUGAAAAUUUUUGUAUCUCCGGUUUCAAAGAAAGGCAUUCCCAUGAAAAUUUAAACAUUAAAGAGAUAAGCUACCAACAACAGGUUUUUCCAUUUUAAGUGUUUCAUAAGAUCAAAGUUUCAUCACAUUUUUUUUACAUUUGUAAGCAUUAGUACAUUUUAAUUAUUACAAUAUAAUGAAAUCCCCCAUUUUAAGAUACAUAAAAUAGUCAUAUGUACAAGAAAGACGCAACUAAAUAUAACAUUAUACUCCAGUGUUCUUGUGUGUAAUUAAUUUUCAAACUCAUUGAAAUUCAGUUGACUUCAUGAUUCAGAUUUUAGUUGCCUCUUUAAAAUGAUGAAAAAGCAAUGCCAUUUAUGAGUUUUAGGAUAGUAAAUGCAAAAACUUUUGAUAUCGAAUUUAAAAAAAAUGCUCAAUUAAAAAAAAAAAUUAGAUGGCACACAUUGAUGUGAAAGAGGCUAUGGUUUUGCUAAAAAACAAACAAACAAAAAACAGAGAAAUAACAUUAAAGAUUCAGGAGAAGCAUAUGACAUCAACUAGUUUACUGAUCUGCUCACCUCAAUUCAAAAAGAGGACUCUGUAACACCUCUGUUUUAUCCUCUCACACUUUAAUUAAAACAUAAAACCUAAUUAUUUGCGGACUGGUUAGGGAGGAAAUUAAAGGAAUGGAUACACGUUACGUAAAAAGAAACCCAUUACAAUUAAAUAAAGCAGAAGCAUAUUUCCAACAUGUUUUUGCUUCUGAAUACAGCUACGAUAGUAUUAAUUUUGUCUCCACUACACAACAAAUAACACAGUAGUGUACACCAAAUAAGUUUAUUUAGGGAAGCCUGCCGAGAACCAACCCGAGGCAUAUAUAGCCCGGGGAAUGCAUACAUACAUAUCUUCGCAACUGAUAUACCAUAUACAAUCCUGAUAUACAGUCAAUUCCUUAGACAUUAAAAAAAAAGGUAUACAUUACUAACAUGCAAACUUCACCAAGUCUGGAUUAACAGAGAUGGGCAACCGCUUACAAGGACAUUACGUAAGUAAGUUUUGAAAAUGCAGUGGUGUUUUCGUUUUGAGCAAAAAUUUGACCGGGCGAUCGAUAAUUUUGCUUUGACGGAGCUUGAGAUCAUUCGAAGUCAAAAUUCAUUGCUGCUAUAGAGGCUUUUGCCUAACUCAGUUAUAACUGCAUGAUUAUUAAGACAAGAAUUAAAGAAUUGUUGAUUCGAUCUCUUCCAAGGCAAACUGCUGACAGUAGAUGGCCUGCUGAUCUUAUACAAGUCUGCCUUGCUACUAGGGUGGAUACCAUUAGGAAAUGAUAUUCGAUGAUCACAACCCCUUUUUGCCGUCUUUAGAAUUGUUAAAUUUGACCUACUUACUGAACGAAAUUUUGUUAUUUGUUAAAAUUUGACUGAAAUUGGAGAGAUCUCUGGAAGUUAUCAUGUGAGAAUACUGACCUUUAGUGAUGGCUCUUCGCCGAAAAUAAUUCUUGAUUUUUUAGCUGUUAGCGCGCAAUAACUGUUAGCACGCAAAAAGUCAAAAUUAAGUGCUGUAUAAAAGCACGUUUAUGAAGACAAGAAUUAAAGAAUUGUUGAUUCUCACUCUUCGAAGUCAAACUGCUGGCAGCAGAUGCCUUGACGAUCCCAUACGAGCGUGCAUAUCUUUUUCGGUCGAAUUUAAGUGGAUGCCACAAGGAAAUGAUAUUCGAAUAUCACACUUCCGUUUUCCCUUCUUCAGAAUUGUUAAAUUCGAUCUGUUUUCUGGACGCAACUACUCGAAACUCUCAACGAUGUUGUAAAAAGUUGUCUAACUGGCUAGUAUUAAAAGGUUGCACCAGAGCAAGACGACGGAUAUGAAUGGGCUUUCUUUUUAUCGAAAUGCUUCAUUCCAUUCCUCAGUUAAAACUUCACAGACAAGCUUCAAUUCUCUUUUCCGUCGUGAAUUUUCCUUGCAGAUGAAAGGACUUGAAUAACUCCAAGAAAUCUUGAGCCUAAUAUUGUAGAGAUAUUGCGUUACUCUAUUUUGCACAUAUCUCACCACGUGCUUUCUGAUCACCAGUUUGAUAUGAGCGAAUCAUCUACAUUGGUAUGAACACGUAAUUAUGUAAAAGGAUGAUCCAGCACCGCGUGCCCGCGGCACUCAGAUGUCCUAGAAUAUCCUAAAUUUUUAAUCGAUUAAAAAUGUUGUUCUUCGACUCGCAUGUUGAUUUGCAUUGAUCUCGUUACAUAUAUGUUCCUUAAAAGCGAGAAACUGCACAUUUAUUUCGCUUUAGAGGAGUUUAGCAUUUCUAAAAAUUGAGAGAGCUACUGUAAGCUAUUCCUAUGAUCAGGAUAUUCUUUGCUACAAUCAGGUUGGAGUAAGUUUUGAAAAUGUAGUGGUGUUUUCGUUUUGAGCAAAAAUUGAAAUGAUAUUCGAUGAUCACACCCCCUUUUUGCCGUCUUCAGAAUUGUUAAAUUUGACCUAUUUAGUAAACGAAAAUUUGUUAAUUGCUAUUAUUUGACUGAAAUUGGAGAGUUCUCUGUGAGAAUACUGACCUUAAGUGAUGGCUCUUCAUCAAAAAUAAUUCUUCAUAUUUUGGCUGUUAGCACGCAAUAGCUGUUAGCACGCAUACUUCCCAAGACGCUGGAAUGCCUCGCUUCUAUGAAAAAUCAGUUUGCUUGAAAGUUGCAAGGAAAUGAUUAUGUAAGCAUAUGAUGGCGACACCUUGAAAAAUAGACGAUCUAAAUUUUCUGACUUUGCUAAGCUGUUUUUCUCCUCUUUCUUUAUUCAGACACGUCGCUAUUAUCUAUCCACAAAGUAUAGCAGGAUAAAUACAGGUAUUUAUUCCUUAAGCUCAUAAGUUGUCUAGCAUUAAGAGAGCUGCUCUUCAUAUGACUAGGAUAUCCUUUGCUACAAUUAGUUUAGAGUAAGUUUUGAAAUGCAAUGAUGUUUUCGUUUUAAGCAAAAGUUUGAUCGAGAGAUCGUUCAUUUUGCUAUAUAAGAGCUUGAGUUCAUUCAAAGUCAAAAUUUAGUGCUGCUAUAGCGGCUUUUGCCUAAUACAGUUAUAAAUGCACUUUUAUGAAGACAAGAAUUAAAGAAUUGUCGAUUCUCACUCUUCGAAGUCAAACUGCUGGCAGGAGAUGCCUUGCCGAUCCCAUACGAGCGUGCCUAUCUUUUUCGGUCUAUUUAAGUGGAUGCCACAAGGAAAUGAUAUUCGAAUAUCACACUUCCGUUUUCCUUUCUUCAGAAUUGUUAAAUUCGGUCUGUUUUCUGGACGCAACUACUCGAAACUCUCAACGAUGUUGUAAAAAGUUGUCUAACUGGCUAGUAUUAAAAGGUUGCACCAGAGCAAGACGACGGAUAUGAAUGGGCUUUCUUUUUAUCGAAAUGCUUCAAUCCAUUCCUCAGUUAAAACUUCACAGACAAGCUUCAAUUCUCUUUUCCGUCGUGAAUUUUCCUUGCAGAUGAAAGGACUUGAAUAACUCCUAGAAAUCUUGAGCCUAAUAUUGUAGAGAUAUUGCGUUACUCUAUUUUGCACAUAUCUCACCACGUGCUUUCUGAUCACCAGUUUGAUAUGAGCCAAUCAUCUACACUGGUAUGAACACGUAAUUAUGUAAUAGGAUGAUCCAGCACCGCGUGCCUGCGGCACUCAGAUGUCCUAGAAUAUCCUAAAUUUCUAGUCGAUUAAAAAUGUUGUUCUUCAACUCGCCUGUUGAUUUGCAUUGAUCUCGUUACAUAUAUGUUCCUUAAAAGCGAGAAACUGCACAUUUAUUUCGCUUUAGAGGAGUUUAGCAUUUCUAAAAAUUGAGAGAGCUACUGUAAGCUAUUCCUAUGAUCAGGAUGUUCUUUGCUACAAUCAGGUUAGAGUAAGUUUUGAGAAUGCAGUGGUGUUUUCGUUUUGAACUAAAAUUUUGACCGAGAGAUCUGUAAUUUUACUUUGAGAGAGCUUGAGAUCAUUCGAAGUCAAAAUUCAUUGCCGCUAUAGCGGCUUUUGCCUAACUCAGUUAUAACUGCAUGAUUAUUAAGACAAGAAUUAAAGAAUUGUUGAUUCGCACUCUUCCAAGUCAAACUGCCGGAAGUAGAUGCCCUGCUGAUCUUAUACAAGUCUGCCUUGCUACUAGGGUGGAUACCAUUAGGAAAUGAUAUUCGAUGAUCACACCUCCAUUUUGCCUUCUUCAGAAUUGUUAAAUUCGACCUGUUUACCGAACGAAAUGAACAGAUGGCUCUCUGUAAUCAUUCUAAAUUUUUUAUUUAGUACGUUCAACAUCUCUUUCUGGAAGGUGACUAAAGGCGUAAACAACUUGUACUUUUCACCUUCCACACUGAAUUUAUAAUUUGUUAACUUAUGUGAUCGGCAUUUGGGUACGCCCUUUUUUCCUUGAAGUCUCUGUUUAUUCUGUUGUCAUGAACAAACUUCAGGGGCUAUUUUCUCUUUCCUUAUCUCUCUGAGUGUAAUUCUAAUGUACGCAAUGGGUCCUUUAUAAUCUUUAUAUUACCAACCUUGUUUUUAUUUUGCCCGAUCUUAACCGCAAAAGUAUGAAAUUUUAAUGUAGAGAGUCGUUUUGGGAAGAAUCAGCAAACCGAACGUACAUACUUAGUGUGUGGGAACUGCUUCACAAAACUCGGCAUGAUUCGCUAGUUAAGCGACAAAUAGUGACGCCGGUCAAAUUUUGACAGCUAGAUAAUUGUCACCUUUAUAAGCUGUAAACCAACACCUUCCUUGAGAGAAUGGAUUUGGUCCUCAAGCUAACACACUGUAUUGCCUUGAAAUCUAAACGAUAUAUUUAUAUAUUCAUAUGUAUGUUGUUGAGAUAAGUGAGUGAGUAUAUAUAUGUAACUUGGUCCAACUUAAUGGAAUUCCGAUCUUGCCCAAUUUUGAAGCGAUGUUUCCUAGUGCUAUUUAUUGUUAAUUUCGGAUUACCUCAUUAGUUCGACAUUCGUACUCGAUACACAUUUGACUUCAAUCCUUUUGUGAUUUCUGGCUUAAAGCCACUAGAGCAUUAUGUUUCAGUUCUUGUCUUGCAACUAAAGAAGACAGGAGAAGACGAUAAACAUCUCACAAUUAUUUCAGGAUUGCGCGCGCAAAAAAACAAAAACUUUUUCCUGUGAUCGGCGGAUCAUGAAACUCUGAAAAUUCUUUCUCCGAAGAGAGAACAUUUACCGUUUAAAGCAGCAAAUUAUGUUGAUCCAAAUAGAUAAUAUUUUCAGUUUAUGCCGUGACACUACAAACGAUGAUAAACAUCUCAAAACAGGAGCCCAUUGCUCAAAAUAAUUUGACAGUGGCACACACCGACGCAUAAUUUAAAUAAAAAAUUUUUCAUUGCAGAAAUAUCUCAGUAGAUGUGAUCUGACCAUCAUGGAAGCAUCGAAAAAAUUUGUUUUUCUUUGAAAAGAGAGCAUUUUACUGUUUGAAUCACCGACUUUUGCCAAAAAAAAGCCGCUCAAUUUGCGAAACAAGAAUACUGCGAAAUAAGAUACCUUGAGUGAUCCAACCGAUCGCUGACUGCCUUUUUGUGUGAAACAAAAGUUUCCGAAAAAGGAACUGAAAUGAGAUGAGAAAAUUAUUAUUGUAUUACUAUCGUUAUCAUUAUUAUCAUUGUUCAAAUUAUCAUUUCUUACAAUUUAAUUAUUGUUUGAAUGUCAAUUAGACAAUAGUUUCUUGAAUCAUCUUUUUCUUGUAGAACAGGCUACUCUUAAGUAUGUGUGAUGCAGCAGGUUUUUCUAUUUUGCUUGUUAGACAAAUAUUCUUCAACACUACCUUCCAGCGUCAUUGUACAACCACUAUUUCUGUUCAAUGCGUUAAAAAUAGUGCCAUACUGAGUGGCCAUUUAAAGCCCUUAAUUGUCUAUAUUCUGAGUUUGCUUAGCUGUUUGUCUCUUCUUUACUUAUAUAGAAAACAUCUCCAUUAUCAAUCCAUAAAGAGGAACCGGAUAAAAACAGGUAUUCAUUCCUCUUGUUUAUGCUUUGUCUAACAUCAAGGGAGCUACAGUAUGUUAAUUAUGUGACCAGGAUAUCCCACGGUAAAAUAAGCUUUAAAGCUAAUUUAGCUUUUUAAGCUUUUUUUAAGCUUUUAGCUUACAAAAACAUAAGUUUUUAAAAUGCAGUGACGUUUUUGUUUUGAGCAAAUAUUUGACCCAAGAGAUCAUUUUGCUUAAAGAGCUUGAGAUUAUCCUAACACAAAAUUCAGUACUGCUAUACGAGACUUUUCCCUGCUGAAUACAGCUAUAACUCAGUGUGUAAUUUUUAAUUGAAGAGUUGUUAAUUCUCGCUCUUGGAAGUCAAGCUGCCAGCAGAAGAUUCUUUGCCGAUCUCAUACGAACGUGCCUGUGUGAAUGGAUACGAUUAGGAAAUGAUAUUCGAAAAUUAAAGUCAGUGGCCUUUGCUUUCUUUAGAAUUCUUAAGUCAACCUGUUUACUAAACGCAACAAAUCGAAAACUUUUCAAAUUUGCAAUGUGUGUGAAGUAAUAAAAAGUUCCUCUAAAACUAGACUAUGGUCAUGAAAUGAUCUUCUUUUUUAUAUAAUGUUUCAUUUUAUUUCUGAAUUAAAACCUCAAAGGCAGACUCCAGUGGACAAAAGGACUUGACUGAUUCCUAAAAGUGUCGAAUUCAGCAAACAAAUUAUUUUUUUUAGAGGGGUUAAUAUUCCUAAAUGGAUUUCGUUUACUGUUUGCUUCAUUGUUAUUUUUCCUUCCUGCUUGCUAUGAAAAUUAGCUUGUUAUCAGGGUUUCAAUUGAUAUUUGGUAGCAUGCAUUGUAGCAUGCAAAAUAUUGAGAGAUAUGUUUCCGUGUCUCACCUAAUAUGCCCAAACAGGUUACGUGGUCACCACCAGCUUUCAUUGCAAAAUACAAAAACUUUCAUGUAAGUUUAAAGGGGAGCGAAUAUUUCCCAAUCUCUAUUGAAUUGCGUAUUCAUGGAAGAGCCGACCCGAGCCGAAUUUGAGGUCGACAAAAAUAAAACGCCGGAAAAGAGUUAGGCUAGCAUACAAUAAAGGAUUUAUUAUACAACCAAAAUUUUACACAAGCUGCAGACAAUCCGUUUUUGAGAGGAAAGCUGAAAGAGGAAAUCCAGCUCACAGAGUCAGCCUCCAGGAAAUGUUUGAAUUUUUUUUUUUUGAAUCAUACAAGGGGCACACAAGCACACAAGGAGGAAUUUUGAAAGGCAACUUUGUUCAGUAUUUAAAAGCGUAACCGAAGGCGGUUGGACGUUUUUGUUUAAGCUUGCCAAUUAUCAAACGAUCACAGGAACCUUUGCAAACAGUUAUACACUUGAAGAUAUCGUUGUAAAGAAUAGCUGGAAUAACAAUUUUUUUAAGUAUGAUACUUAUUGUAAUACUGUGCUUGUCAGCCGAUCAAUCUCCGUUAGAAAAAUUAGUCUUUGCUCGUCGGAAUUGAAGUGCCUAGCUUUGAUACUUUGUGUAUAUUGAAGAGGUAGCUUUGACACGAGCUGGUUUUUUCCCCAGCCAAUUCAAGGACAUCUACUUUCUCAAAAUGAGACGAUACAAAGCUGAUAACAGAUUUCAUAAAACUUACAUUGGCUUCCUACGUGGAAUAUUGGAACAUUUGCUCAAUGAUAAAUUGUGGACAUUUGAGCAGUUCAGGUGUUAAUUUAAAGGUUCCCUGUUUUACGAUGUGAAAAAAAAAAGAAUUCAAUAGCCACCUUGGAUUAGUUUGUUAAAAAUGAGAUGACUCCGUUAAUGCCUUUAAGCUCCCUUUCUAACUUCAAAAGAGUAACCGAGUUUCCUAUCAAAAAAGCAGCAAAGACGAUGAAAUAACUCUUAAAAUUGCUACAAAUGCGUUGUGAGCCAUUUGUCAAACUGUUUUAAGAGGUUGGCAAAAUGCAAAAAUUUGAAACAACUUUGCAAAUCGAGACCCUCUAAUGAUUUACACAUUGUCUUUCUUGUUUGGUAAAUAAACUCCUUCGGGCGUAUGGUCUGUCAGCCGAUAAUGUCCACAGCCGAAAGACUGUCCGAAAAAGGUAUAUUUGGCCGGGAAGCGAAGCGUCGAGGGAAAAUGUGAGGGAAAAUUCUGAGGAGAAUCUCCCAAAAAGAGACAUUAUCAGCCGACGCACCAGCGAGCCAGAAAGGGGUUUAUUUAUCUAUAACACUGCCAUUAAUUUCUUAAUCACGCGAAAACCGAUUUUUUUUCCUUGUAAAAUAAUAGAGAUGAAACUUUUUACUGGCUUUAUUUCUUUUCAACGUAAGUUAUCAGAGGACAUAUAUCGACGCAGGCGGGGGUUACUGCGUAGUGAUGUUGCACCACGUGAAGUUAAAAAGCCAAUAAAAUCGCUAGAGAUGGGAAAAUUAUAAAGUAUAAUCAAACCCCUUUUAAACAAAGUGAUAAACAAAUCAAGGAGUCAAACAAAACGUUUUGCUGUAAAUACCGGCCGCAAAAAUUGACAUAAAAUACUUCUAAAACCGCCUUAAAAGUCCGGCAAAAAAAAAUACAAAAUUAUUAGGCUAUAAAUAGUAAAAACAACAACAGGUGCUAAUUAAUACGUUUAAAAAAUAGAUAACUUAAAAUUAAAUAAGUUUUUUCAAGAUGUAUUAUAUUGGUUUUUGAAGUGUGUUAUCGCAAUUUUUUUUAUGGUUAAAUUUUUCCGUAAUGCAUAUUCUUCGUUUACUCAGUUAUUUACCACGAUCUUCAAAUGCUAUAGCCCCAGUCUCGCAGCCGUCCUAAAUAACAAAAUAAUUGAGUUGUCAUCGUCAAGAUCUCCAGCACUAAUUUCCAUUCAUAUUUUCCCACAUUUUUACUACUCCUGAUGAAUAUAAAAGCAAGCGAGGAGUGCGGUCAUUCAUGUACACUUCACCAGGGCGCAACAGCAUAAAAAGAGCUUUUUGUUCCGCAACAUUUUCUAUACCGUGUAAUUCACGUGCAGGUCCUGACACUUCAACUAAAUUAAAACAACUGCCUGAGGUGACGGGGUUGACAAUUCUUUUAACUUGUCCCAGGAAUCAAGCGAUGGCAACUGCAGGAUCAGCAGCAUCGCCUAGAAAACAGAAUUGGGAGGAAUUUAGAGAAACAGUACAGAAAGUUAAAGGGGAAUUGAGCAACAAAAUUCAGAGCUUAACAGAAGCAUCAAAAGAUUUUGAAGAGAUCUGUGAUGUGUACUGUAAGAAGUACAAAAGUGAAGUGAAAAUUAAGAAGUCGCAGAAUGACCUCCGGCAAAUGGUUGGUGGUUUGAAAGAUGAACAUAAAAAGGCGGUAUCUAAAGACGUAACCGUUGUUUUUGUGGGAAAAACAAACAGUGGAAAAUCAUCCUUGAUUAACGCCUUACUUCAAGACGAUCGUCUUCCCGUUGGACCAGGUACAACAACGAUGUGCACCAUUCAAGUUCGUCCCACACCUGAUAAACUGUGGAGCGUUAUUGACACUGUUAGUGGAACUAUACUCUCCGACAAAAUGGACAAAGAAGCAGUAAAAAGAUAUUUAGAUGCACUGGUUACUGAUGAAACUGAGGAACAAAUGAAGAAGGAAAAUAUCACCUCUAAAAGUAUCGUACAAGUAAACUGGCCCUCUAACCUCUGCAAUCUACCAGAAGAUAUCGUCUUGGUAGAUACACCCGGUAUGGGAGAGAUUAAGGACUUUAACCAAGUUGUCGCUGAUUCCUUCAAGAUAGCAGAUCUAAUUGUGGUUGUGAUAAAUCUUGAUUCACCUUUAAUGGAGGAUGUAAGUAAUGUCUACACGGUUCAUAUUUAAAACUCCUUGUAUGUUCAGCAAAAAUUAGAUGGGACAUCAUAAUAGUCUUUUGGUACGGGGGCUGUUAAAACUGAUCGUAGUGCUUGCUUCAUUGACUUUAUAUCGAUAUUUAAUUGUUUUUGGAAUUCAAUUGCCGAGAUGAAAAGAGGUGGAUACAUCGAGAGACUACUUUAAAUCGACAAAACUUUCUGUGUGUAUCUUUUUGGAUUCUUUUAUUAUCUUCAAGCAAUGAAAUGUAAAAGAAUACGAACAGAGGUGUUUUCUCAGUCACUAGCGAUUCUAGUCCAUCAAAAGUUUGUGAAAAUGAAGGCAGAACAUAAGAGCGGGAGUUUUUAUGCGCUGUUUAAUUGAUAACGCUUUCCAGUCGAUAUACAAUAAUAAAGAUACCAGAAUAGCGCAAAAAAGGAAAGCAACAUACUAAAACAAUAAGAUAAAUUGUUCGCUACAUCAUUUAAUUUUGCUUUGAAGGUGACAAAGGUGCUAAAGGGGACGAAGUCCCAGUUCAAGUUUGGGGUCGUUACAAAAAGUGACACAUUCCAUUCAGAAACGAGGCGGCAAGAAGCGAAAAAAAAAUGCAAAGCAACAUUCGAAGAAGAGGUGGAAGGCGAGAAAGAAGUUUAUUUCGUUGAAGCAGAGAAUGCCACAGUAGCAAUGGUAAGUUUUGUGUUUGUGUAUUCCGGCAAUCUAAUUGGAGCAAAUUAAAAUCGCAAAACGAGGCAAACCGAGAUACUGACGUAUUCUGUUGGUGACAGACGCUAACAAAUUGUAAAAUCAAAUUGAAGAAGGAAAUGGCCUAGGAGAGGCGAAGGGAUUCUGCAUAGACAACGACUGCCAACAAUUACAUUAAGCAAUAUAUUAGACACAACGCGCGCUCUGAUUGGUCCAAAAUUUCUUGUAUAUUUGCAGUAGAUGUAUUUACACUCUUUUUCAAAAGCGUUGCACACAGAAAAUAUAUACUAAAUUAAUAUACUUUCCUUUUUUAGUUUCUCAUCAAAAAGUCCGUUUUUGAUAAGAAAAGGAAUGUAUAUAUAGCUUGAAUACAACCUUGCUCUCCCACACAUUGAAUUGAUUAUCAAAAAGGAUCUACACAUGAUAAGUUCGUCGCCAGAGCCAUUAGGAAAUUUUCCACCAAAAAUCAAUCUUUCCUGCAUAUCAGAGGACCAAAACCUGAAAUGGCGAAAAUAUAUCACUUCGUCGUGAAUGGUACGGUGUUCUGUCCUAACUUAACUAGCUACUAUAACAAAUACGGUUCUUGGAUCUAAACUCCCGCCUUUGGCUAGGGCCAAGAGGGUAAAGCGUAAACAAAUUGGGCGGUCCGAUACGCCUCCCUAGCUAGAAGUAAUCGAUCAAUAUGACCAGCGUCCUUUUGGAUCUUGAUUUUUUCAGGAGGGAGUCAAUGGGGUGAUGGCUAUUACUGCUAAUGGUUACAUAAUUGAAAUUUUGUCACCAAAUUUUUUUUACGCUUAACCUUUUUAUGUCUAUCGGUUAAAAUUUUUAGAUUUCUUCGCCUAUAUUUUUUGCCGUUUUACGGCUAUCGGUUAGCUCCAUUGAGACCCUCUUUCAAUUGCAAUGAAGCUGAUUUGGGAAAUGUCAUGUUCAAUACAAAUAGACGCCAGGUCAUUUAUCUUCUUAUUUUCUUGUUAUCGAUGACGUGGCUAUGAAAACGGACUUAAUACUCCGUUGCCGUAGAAUCCACGUAUUGUAAAUAAUUGAUUGCACCAGGCCAAGUAAAUAACAUAGUUAGACGAGCAUGUUAAUCUGAGAUUGAACUUGUGUAUACAAUCCGUGCCAAAGUUCUGAAAACUAUAGUCUUGAAUCCGAAAAUUCUCGCAUAAAUCGCUUAUCUGAGGGCGUUUUAAAAUAUUCUCAUAUUUUAUUCUUUUCUGGAUCGAACUUAUUUGCACCGGAAAAAUUUGAGGGUACUUAAAUGUCUUUGAGGCUUUUGGUUCUGCCAUAUGCAGUGCAGAUCGAUUUUGGGGGAAAAAUCUCCGAGGAAAAAAUGUCAGCUCAAUGAAUAUGCAUUAUCUUUUUUUACCUUAACUGCAGCAUUUUCGUGUAAUUGUCAUUUCAGGAGAAGACAGAAAGAAAUACUGGAAUAGAGGAGUUUUUGAGGUUUGAGAGAGAUCUAGCUGAGAGAGCAAAAUCUGCUAAAGCAAAAAAAGGCAUCUUUCUCUCAAAGAAAGCUGAAAAAUUAUCUUCAACAUUCGCCGAAAACCUGGAAAAUUUUCAACGCACCAUUAAUUGUGAGGAAAAACCCAAAAAAGAAAAAAGAUUAACAAGUUUAGAGAAUAAAAUCAGCACUUUGAAAAAACAUCGCGAUAUCCUUGAGAAAGUGGACCAGGAAGUGAAACAUCUCGACAAACUGAUACGUGACUAUCUCUCUAGCGAAGAGAUUGAUGGGUUGUUGAAAGAACUUGGCAACAGGAUGACGGAGUGUAACAGCGAGGAAAGUGAGAAUCUUGUCAUUAAUGCAUUUUUUAAAAGUGAGAUCUGUGUAAUCAAUGAGAUUUUAAAGCGACAAAUUCUAAAGAUAAAAGAUGAGUUUCAGAAGUGUGAAGAUUCUAUCCAAGGUAACUAUGGAUGUUCAAAACAAUUACCGCCCCACGAAGCUAAACAGUUGAAGGAACCAGAAGAUUACGGCUACAACAGUAACUGGGACCCUCACGCCUACAUCACAAGCAACAACCUGUGGGCGGUCGUGUUUGGUUGUGCAGCUGCCACAGGGACUGCCGUAGCGACAGUAGGUGCAGCACCAACAGCAGGUACAACUGCUAGUAAGUGAUACUACAAGUUACUGUGCUCAGAUAUCCCGAGAGAUGGUGGCGUUUCUUUAGGUGCAAUACAUGUAAUCAUUCCUUUCUUCAGAAAUUUUCACCGAGGGAAUUCUUCCCUAUUUAAAGAAUUAUUAAAAUAGUGCUACCAGAGCAAUGGAACGAACAAAGCAACGUCAAUAACUGUACUGAUACUUAAACAACUACUAUUAUAAAGUUCGGACAUAACACGCGCUGUCAUAGGUUGAAAGACCGAGUUCUAUCAGAGUACAAAACACAUAGCUAAGGUAAAGCUGUCAAUUUGUACUAUAUCCGACCAUUUCCCGGUCUUGUCUCAAGAUUUUUUUCUUUCAUUGAAAGUGAACAAGUGGCGAGAGAGGAACCAAAAGGUUUGGAAACAUGCCAAGCGCCGUAAUUGACGUUAUUAUAACGUAACCAGAAACGAAAAUCCUCAGAGAGAUAACGAAAUGGACAGUCCGAGUUUUGAAGGUGUUCACGCUCAGUUACACUGUAAGCUUAUCUGCGGCGAUAAACCUCUAUCACAGCUAACACUCGUAUAGUAUAUAUAGCUUCGCGUUAAAAAACUAAACAGAACAAAACAGUAAUGAUGAAAAAAUAUAACCAAACGGGCAUAACUGUUAAAUUCAUACAAAUCGUGUCGGUGUCAGGGCGACUGCGAUCAUGCUGAGGUCCACCGCAUCUAGCUUAUCACGGCGAUUUACGGUCAUCGCAGUGAAGUAAGCCUCAGAUAUUACAUCGUCCAUUCUUCGAGUGAACUAAGAGCCAGCUCUGAUAUCUUCUCUGAUGCGUUAGGUGGAAGACCACAUCAAUCACUGCUACCUAUUUUUACGGCGCUGUCAUUACGAGCAAUUCUCAUGUUCCAAUGAAUUUGGCUCUCGUUUAUUCAGAAAACGUACGUUUUGAGAAAUUCCUUUCAUGUGGAAAAAAAAUUUAAAAAAAUUGCUUGUUUUCAUGAGCCACAAUUCUGCUGGAUCUCACUGAACAUUUUGCUUACAGAUUCAGUAUCAAGAUAAAAAAAAAACUUUAGGUAAAAGUAUUAUAUUCGACCUACCAAACUAUUGCAGAUUAUGAGCUUUGAUGGUUUAACAAUUUUGACUUUUGUCUUGUCCAACCAAUCAUGUUAUAUGAACCUUUCUAACAAGCAUUCUGGUUGUCUUAUUGUAGCGUAUUUUAUAAGAGUAUAGAUGGCGACACUCGUGCUCGCUUCAACUAUAAAAUUUUUUUGAAAAUUGUAAGUAAUGCUUGAAAAAUUUGGCAGAUUCCUUAUUCUGAAACAUUGAAUUUGUUUUGCUGUAGAGUAGCUGUAAAGUAGCUGUAAAGUAGCUAGAAGGAAGCGGUUAAGGCACUCCGGAAGAAUUUAGAAUUUCUCCCUUCAUUUCUUUCGUGCUCUGGCCGUUCCUGUGUGCUUUGCAACAGAACGGAACACAGUCAAGGCUUCUUUAUUUUUUAACAACUACAUACCACAAAAAUGAGUAGUGCCCUUCGCAUGCGGUGAUUGGCUAAUUGGAAAAUGAAUUACAAGUACUACUCACCUCCGAGCAGCCGAUGAGACAAAGUCAUCAGUUAAUUUCUUACAAUCGUUCGGUAUAGAGAAGAAAAUAAACUAGUUUUUUGGUAUCUGUGUGGUACAUAUUGAAGAUAUCUGUGUGGUACAUAUUGAAGAGGUAUUCACCGCAGUGUUGGUGAAAGUGGUAGAUAUUUACCUCGCGCUUCGCGGCUCGGUAAAUAUCCACCAGUAUUACUAUUACUAUUAUUAUUAUUACUACUACUGCUACUACUACUACUACUACUACUACUACUGCUACUACUACUACUACUACUACUACUACUACUACUACUACUACUACUACUACUACUACUACUACUACUACUACUACUACUACUACUACUACUACUACUACUACUACUACUACCACUACUACUACUACUACUACUACUACUACUUCUAUUACUACAAUUACUACUACUACUAUUACUACUACUUCUACAGCCACUAAUAUUGCCAAUAUAAUUAGCAUCACUGCAACAAAAAACACUGCUAACAUAACCACCUCUCACAACUACAGCAACAACUACCUCCACAAGUAUAUACAACAAUCACAACUACCACUACCAAAACACUACAACCAUCACCACUACCACUGCUACCACCACCACUACUACCACCACCGCUACCACUACUGCCAUCACUAACAUCACCACCUACUACCUCUCUUACUGCCACCACCACACCACCAUACCACUACUACCGCAUCCACAACCAUUUCCGACACCACCAUUACCACCACUACUAGGACCACCACCGUUAGCAACACCAUCACUACCAGCACUUCUACUACCACUCCUUCCACAAAAACCAGCUUCACAAUCAGAACCACCGGCAACACUGCCACCACCACAAGCACCACUAUCACACCAAUCAACGCCAAAAUUAGCACCAACAUAACGACCACAACCAGCACAAACACCACGGCCUCAGUAACCAUUACAACCAACACUACCACUUAAUAAAUACUACCACUUCUACUAUUAUUACCAUUUCUACUUUUAACAGUGAUAAUAAUAAUAAUAAUAAUGAUAAUAUUGGUUAUAAUGACAAUCAUGUUAUAAAAAUUAUCAUUAAAAAUAUUAUUAUUAUUAAUAUUUUAGUCAUCAUCAUUACUUUAAAAAAAGAUCAAACGACUUUUAAUGGAGUAAAAUACAUCAUCUUAAAUUUUUUAGGAAUUAAAAAAUAAAUAUGUAAAACAAUCUCUCCGAAACGCUCUCGAUAACAUAUUAGAUACCAAAGGGAAAAGUAUUAAAUCGGACUGACUACUAUGCUAUUAAAUCUAAAAUCAUUUAGGACUUCCUUUGCGUCACGAAAUAGCAUUAUAGAGCCUUUGAAACACACAUGAACAGAUCUCAAAUCUCAAAUGAUAAACGUUUUUUAGUUAUGAAUCACUUCUGCACAGACCUCUCCGUUCCUCCUUUAGAGUUUCUCGGCGGGGUUUCUCUGGAACAUUUUACAAUCAGCUCCCAUUCCACCGUUUGUAGCCAAGAGCAUAAAUGUAAAGGACUCCAUCUCCACGUCCAACACAGGUUACUGGUAUUACCCUUUCUUCUCGUUCUCUGGCUCCUUGAGGAUAUAUGCUAUUGGCUUUUUCUCGAAUAAACAGGCAUACAUCAAGUAAAUAAUCAACCAGCUUUUUUGAUUAAUUAAAACGUUGACCAAACUUCGCUCCUUCCCGGGUCAAGUGCUUAUAACAGCUUUAAAGCAGUGAAAUUGUUCCUCCCCAAGCUGAGUCAUCAGCUAACCAUGUUUGUUUGACUGCUGGAGUAUGCUUUUUCAAGGUCUGGUUCAUAAUGGCUGUGUUCUUUAAGUACCUUGCGAGGUGUCUACUGACAGAUGAAUAGUCUAGAAGGGCUUCUAUAAGUUUUGAUUAUAUACUUAAGUUAUACGUUUCUGAAUAUUGUGCAUGGAGACCCCAUAAUAAUGAUAAUAAUAAUAAUAAUAAUAAUAAUAAUAACAAUGAUGAUGAUUGCAAUGUUAAUAAUAAUAGCUUCAUUUAUGAUAUAAUAUGAUAUGACAUUAGUAAUUAUGACUAUGAUAAUGACCAGACAAGAAGAAUUACGACAACAGUAUUAAAGAAGCAAUAAUAUUCCCUGGCUAAUCUAUAUUAUCCCGAACUCAACAAGAAUAUUUUUUCUGAAAAGACCAUAUGUAUUGCGCUUUUACAAACUAUGAAACUUUGGGAAAGGUUUAUUCGGGCUUAUUUAUGGAAACAUUGUUGAGAAGAACAUGUUAGUUUGUAUAACUUUUAAUUGAGAUAAAUGUAAGAUAUAAGAGGAAAAACCUAAAAUUGAUCAAUUGUCAUAUGAUAGGAUGGUUAUUAUUUUUGUUUUUACAGUGAUUGUCGCAACAUUAGAGAGGGCAGGAAUAUCUGUUGCCGGAAAAGCACUUGCCGGGGCAAUAGGAAGCGUGGGAUUCGGAACUACUCUGGGUUUUUCAAAGUUGGUGGAAAACGUUGGAGGUUUCGGAGUCGGACAGAAAAUAAGAAGUGCUAUUGGGCCGAGUCAAAUGAAGAAGGGUAAAAUUGAAGAGCACGUGCGGAUGAUGUUGGAGGAAUUGAAAGCACAAUUUAAAGAAUUCCAGGUGAAUGCAUCAGAUGUUAUGAAAGGAAGAUCUGAAGCAGUUUCGUCACACAUAAAAAGCGUAGAAGAUGAUUCGUCUGAAGAAAUGUCAACGCUGAAAGGGGAAUUACAACAACUUCAAACAUGGUCGCAGAAACUUCGUGAAAUCACAGAUCGCCUGCAGGUUGUCUGGAAAGAGAUUACCGAGCUGAAGCAUUGGUAAGUGUUACCAUCAAGAAUGUCCCACUAUGUCAAGUUCUAUCAGAUCGGGAAGUUUAGGUAAAAUAUAGUCAGGAACGUCUUGAGUUUACACGAUCACACCCGCAAUUGUCUCUAUCAUGGUUGCUAGAUCGCGCAAGCCCAGAUUCCCUGUUUCUUGUAGUUACAAUUUAUGAAAAGAGAGAAAUUCUGGCAACGGCUAGUCAGCAGAUGUUAGAAAAGUUCUCGUGAGUGGUAACAUAGUUAUGGUCAGCAGUUAAUUUGGAAUAUGCUCAUGCCCCGUUUCUUUGGGAAAGAGAGGGUAAGCCACUUUGACAUGUAUUCAUAGUCAUUCGAUUGUUCGGUCGGUUAGACGACUCACGAAAAAUUUUCAUCUUUUGCCACAUUGAGUUGAAGCGAUUUCAACUCGACGUUUUACAAACAGUUCUUUUCAAAACCUAUCACUUUAGCUUAGCUAAACCGUUCUGUUUCGUUGUUCUAUCUCUGAAUAUCUCGGUUACUUACCACUUGACAAUCGCACCACUCGAUGUUUUCUUUUCCGAUCUCGCUAAGGAACGAACGUACUAAAAAAAAAACCCACAGGCGAAUGUUACCUGACCGAAUUUGUCUCGGAUAUUUUAGCUUUCAAGUGAAAGAUAAAAUCAUGCAUGCACAUUCUUUGAAAUAACGUUAAUCAAUGCCGGAACACUGUCUAGUUGUGUGUAAGUUAAUAUCUCGGUGAUCUACUCGUUCAUCCAAGAGAGUCAGGUCUAAGAUAUACAUUACUUUUAAUUGUGUUCUACAGGUUGAUAGUCAACGACACAGUUGACCAGACAGCAAACCAGUCAUCCGUCUAAACAGCUGUAUACAAGCUCAACACUGUAAUUUAGAAGUAGCCCGUGUUACUUAGCAACACAUCAUUGUGGUAUCACCGUAAAUUUUCUAAAUUCAAAGUAAGUUUCCCUAUAAAUGACAGCUGCUUUCAUCAAUUUUGAAUUCGUGGACCGAUUUUGUAUCAUCCCUCACAUAGCGCUGCUGCGAAUUGGAUUUAAAGCUUUGACUCCUAUAGUUCAUGAGGAAACAGUUACGUAGCAUACUGCUUGUUUAUCACCUUUUGAGAUACAUGAGCCAUUUUUCAUCUUUUCAAACUCGCCAUAAGAUGAAAGAGACUCAGAUUUUUGGAGUUGAGAGAUGCGACUGAAGUUUACUUCUCUACGUUAGCAAAAGCGAAGCAACGAAACGGGUUAACCUUCCGGUUCACGUUUCCAGAGCCAUAUUAAUGUAUGAUACACGUAUUUAAUCUGUUUUGUUCUUUUUUUUGAAGUCAUGGCAGGCUCUUGAACUACAGGUUUAUAAGAAAUCUGCGCGCGUGUGUGUUUUCAACAUGUAAAACCGGUGAAAAGUUGAUUAGCUUUUUUCAUUAAUACACAUAUCUUUAUUAUAAGAAUCUUGUUUAUUUGGCUUAUACUGAGUUCUAAUUUUUCAAACAAAUCUUACAUUCUUUUGAAUAUUCUUAGAUCUCCCAGUAUCAUUUGAUACGGGAAAUGGUUGGGUUGAAAUAUAGUACAACAACUUGCCAGUAGAUAGUCAAAUGAAUACUUUUUACACAUCAAUAAAAUUUAUUGUUGUGCUUC